AUGAAUAUAGACUGUGACGGCACCUGGUUCAAAGAUGGAGAGCAGUUAAACUCGGGGGCUGGGGUCAAAAUAACCAAAGAUGGAACCUCUCACAAGCUAACGAUUCAAAGCUGCAGAGAUGACGACUCUGGAGUUUAUCGUUUUGUAUCUGGGGAUCAAAGUACACAAGGAAAGGUCACUGUUGGAGAUGUACCUGAAUUUGACCCAGACGACCUUCACAAGUUUUCCAAGCCUGUGAUCAUAAGAGUGGGCCAGAGUGCUGCUUUCAAGAUGCCCUUUCCUCCUCAGGAGUCUUUGUUGGUCAGUUGGUUUAAGGAUGGCACUGAGAUCAAAGACGGAGGAGGAGUUAAGAUAGUGAGGGAGCCCAAUCACAGCCGGCUGCUGCUCAGAGACUGCCUGCGGACAGACGCAGGGGAAAUAAAGAUCCAACUCAAAAACCCAUUCGGGGCUGUGGAGGCCACAUCUCAGCUUAUUGUGCUUGAUCGGCCAGGUCCACCCGAGGGUCCCGUGGAGACCGCUGAAACCACCUCAUCUAUAAUUGAAAUUAAAUGGAAACCUCCCAAAGACGAUGGCGGCUCUGCUGUCACCAACUAUGUCAUAGAGCGGCAGCUGGCGGGACAGAGUCUGUGGACGAAACUUGGGGAUGUCUCAGCUGACAAGACCUCCUUCAGAGACAGGAAUGUGACUCAUGGAAAGAAAUACAACUACCGCAUCUAUGCAGAAAACCCUGAGGGCCUCAGUGACACCCUGGAGACAGCUGAUAGCAUUAUGGCUGGCAUAAUGAUACUCUCCGGUCCACCUGGUGCCCCGAAAGUGGUGAGUGCCUCUAAGACCUGCAUUAACUUGACUUGGACCCCACCGGAGGACGACAGAGGAGUACCAAUCAUUGGUUACCAAGUGGAGAAACGAAAGAAGGAUACAAAUCAGUGGAUUGCUCUAAAUGCAAUUAAUGAACCUAUCGAAGACGUGAAGUAUGCAGUUAAAGAUAUCACUGAGGGAGCAGAGUAUGAGUUCAGGGUUUCUGCAAUCAAUGAGUCAGGGGCAGGGGAUCCAAGCCCUCCUUCUGCAAUGGUGUGUGCAAAGAAUCCCAACAUGAGACCUUGUUUUAAAGACCCGGAGGAUUUCAUAGUUGUCAGAGCGGGAAAUUCUGCACGUGUCAAGAUUUGCUAUGAGGCUGAACCUCCACCUCAGAUCACUUGGCUGAAGGAUGAUGAGCCAAUAUCUCCAUGGAUUCACAUCAUCAAUACAGAGGGAAUGUCUCAGCUUGUUAUUCCCUCAUCAAAGCGCUCAGAUUCAGCCAUUUACACUAUCAAAGCCAAAAACUCAGUGGGUGAGGCAACAUUUGACAUUGAGGUUAGAGUCACAGAUGAACCCAAGAUUCCAGGGCCGGUCGAGCUGGAGCAAACAGUCCAGGGUAAAGUGUCGGUAUCGUGGGCUCCCUCUCCAGACCAGGAGCUCGAUGAUCGGCUGUGCUACAUGGUGUCUCAAUACGACUCCAACACCAGAGUGUGGAAGACAAUUGCAGACCGCCUCUUCUCUAACACAUACACUGCCAACAACAUCCUUCCUGGGACAGAGUACCAUUUCCGGAUCUAUGCCAAGAACGAUAUGGGCCUCUCAGAUCCAUCUCAGUCACCUACAUGGGGCGUCAACAGCAACAGAGUGCACACACCACCUAAAGGCUACCAACUCUACAUGACAUGUGCUGUCCGAGGAUGCCCUACGCCCACUGUAACCUGGUACCUGAACGACGUCUGCAUCAACUCAGACAACAACUAUUACAUCACCAACUCAUUUGGCGUGUGCUCCAUGUACAUUCUUAGAGUCCGACCAAAGGACGGUGGUGAAUAUAAAGUUGUUGCAGUCAACUGUCUUGGCAAGGCAGAGUGUUCUACUAAACUUAUUUUUUGCUGUUAUUUCCUGGUCUUAACAGUGGCUAUCAAGAAAAGGUCCAGAGUUCCUGGGGUUAUGAUCACUCAGUAUGUUGAGCAACUCCCUGCAGGAAAGUCGACACCUGACUUCAGCCGGAAGCCAAUGGCUGUGACUGCUCAAGAGGGCAAAAAAGCAUUUUUCAAAGCGGUGGUCAGUGGAGAGCCAGCACCAACUGUAACAUGGGGGCGUAAUAAGGGUGAAAUUGAUGAUCCUGAACAAUACAACACCAGAUAUGAUGAAAGAGCUCAAGAGCACAUUCUUGAGAUACUCAGAGUAAAAGCAGAUCAAGCUGACACCUACAAAUGCUUUGCCACCAAUGAGUACGGAAAGGCUGUCUGCACCGCAACUCUCAAUGUUAUUGGAGGUAAAAGCCUGAUUAUGCGACAGGUUGCAAUAUCAAGUGGACAACCACCGCAGGAUUUCAGAUCAAUGCUUAAGAAAACUGUUGUUGUCACGAGAAAAAAACAACUCCCGCCAAAAAAAGAGGGAGAAAUCGAUCCUAAGCUCUGGGAACUGCUUAUCGGUGCACCAAAGAAGGACUAUGAAAAAAUCUGUUUGGAAUUCGGUGUUACUGACUUUCGCUGGAUGCUGAAGAGACUCAACCAGCUGAAAAAGGAAAGGCAAGAUGAGCAGGCAAAGGUUGCAGAGAAAGUGGAAAAUGUGAAACAAAUAGAAGUAAAACCCAAUGGAAGAGCUGAAUUCAGCCUGGACAUGACACUUUGGGAUCCCAACAGUGCAGUUAACUGGUACAAGGACGGUACAAUGGUUCCAUAUGGCGAUGAUGAAAAUUCAAAGCAUAGCCUUAAGAAAACUGGGACAAAGUAUGUUUUCAGCAUUAAAGAUCCUCAACCGGAAGACGCUGGAUUUUACCAGGUCGAUGUUGACGAGACAAAUGUACUUGCAACUGACUUUCAAGUGCCUGCUGUGGAGUUCAUAGCCAAGAUUAAGGAUGUGAAGGCCGUUGAAAGUGAGGACGCCAUCUUUCAGUGUGUCUUAUCAACACCCCUCAACAGAAUUGCAUGGUCAAAACAGGAGUCAUCACUUGAACAUGGGGACAAAUAUGAGAUCACUGUCUCAGAGGACAAACUAAUUCAUACAUUGAGAGUUAAAGGCUGUGAAAUGGCAGAUAAUGGAGAAUACCAUGCCAUUGCUGGGAUAACUGCCAGUAGCGCCUCUCUCACAGUGAAAGAUGACCUGACUAAACUAGCAUUGGAACAGCAGGCCAAGCUACAAAAAGAGAAAGAUGACUUGGAUGCAGCCAGACGAGCACAGGCUGAAAAGGACGCUGCAGAUGCAGCAGCUAAAGCUGCACUGGGGGAUGGGGGAGAUGGAAGAGACGGUUCUGGUGAUGGGACUGGUGAUGGGACUGGUGAUGGGACUGGUGAUGGGACUGGUGAUGGGACUGGUGAUGGGACUGGUGGAAAGACUGAUGGAGACGAGGGUGAUGGAGAUGACAAAAAUAAAAAGGAUGAUGCCGAUAAGAAAAAGAAGCGAUUAAGAACUGGCCCUUUGGUUCCUGACACUGUUACAGAUCGUGGUGUUCAGUUUGUCAGUGGGCUGUCAGAUACUGUUGCUAAUGUUGGUGAACGGGCAGAGCUGUCUUGCAAACUAAGCAGCGAGACCUCUGAGGGACGUUGGUAUAAAAAUGGGAAGUUGCUAAGCAAUGAGGAUGGGGUAACAAUUAUCAAAGAUGGAGCCUGUCACAGGUUGAUAAUUGAUUGCUGUAAAAAAGAUGAUACAGCUGUGUACCGGUUUGAAGCUGAAGGCCGUAAAUCAGAAGCAACACUUAACAUACAAGACCCACCAAACAUUGAUGCUGAGGCGCUCGGAAAAUUCACAAAGCCAGUCAUUAUAAAGGCGGGUGAAAAUGCCGAAUGGAAGCUGCCGUUCUCAGGCGGGUCACCAAUGAAUACAUUCUGGUACAAGGAUGAUGACGAGCUUUUGCCUGGCCUCAGUGUGAAGAUUGAAACAUCAGCUACUGAGAGCAGACUACGCCUUACUAAGUGCCAAAGGAAAGACAGUGGAGAGGUCAAAAUCAAAAUAAAAAAUGAAUAUGGUACAACAGAGGCAACUUCCAAACUUAUUGUACUGGACAAACCCACACCACCACAAGGACCUGUGGACAUUAUGGAAAGUGCAGUAACAUCUGUAGAGUUCAAAUGGAAACCUCCAAAAGAUAGUGGUGGAUGCCCAGUCACAAGCUAUACCAUAGAACGCCAACAAGUAGGGCGUAAUAAAUGGUCAAAUCUUGGUGAGAUCCCUGGUGGCAACCCAAGCUACAAAGAUUCAGAUGUAAACCCUGGAAGGAGAUACUGCUACCGGAUCAGAGCAAAGAACACAGAGGGCAUCAGUGAUUACCUGCAGACAGAGGACAUACCAGCUGGUGUAUUACGUUAUCCUGGACCCCCAACAGUACCUAAAGUGGUCAGUGCCUUUAAAGACUGCAUCAAUCUGGCAUGGUCUCCUCCAUGUGACACUGGAGGAACCAAAAUAGUAGGAUACAACUUGGAAAAGAACAAGAAAGGCACUAAUUACUGGAGUCUUGUAAACCAAGGAGGGCCUAUUGCAGACACAAAGCAUGCAGUGAAAGAUGUGUUUGAAGGUGCAGCAUAUGAAUUUAGAGUGUCUGCUAUCAACCUAUCUGGUGCUGGAGAUCCUAGUAUUCCAUGUGACACAGUAAUCGCAAGAGAUCCAAUGAAGCCCCCAGGCAAAGUCACAGACCUGAAGUUAACAUCCUCCAAUUACACCACAGUUUCACUGGCUUGGACAAAACCUAAAGAAAUGAAAGGGGUAGAGGAUGAAGCCCAAGGGUACUAUGUGGAGAUCAGACCAAUAAAAAGCCUUGACUGGACCCGCUGUAAUGCCAUCCCAAUUACUUUAACAUCCUACACCGUGCUUGGCUUGAAGGCAAUGGCUACCUACUGGGUGAGAGUAAUUGCCACCAAUUAUGGAGGUGAUGGAGAACCUCAGGGCUUUGACAAUUACAUCAUCGCCAUGCCUCCUCCUGUAAAGCCAAAGUUUAAAGAUCGCAACAUGAAGACCUUUGUGGUGGUAAGAUCUGGAAACACAGUCCGCCUGAACAUCAACUUUGAGGCCUCACCAAUGCCAGAGAUCUCUUGGCUAAAAGAUGGUAUUCCAGUGCCCAAACAUGUGACAAUUACGAACUCUGAUAAAGGUUCUCAAUUCUUAAUCCCCACAUCUGAACGGUCCGACACAGGCAUCUACACCAUAACUGUCAAGAACAUUGUUGGCCAGGAGAGCUUCAAUGUUGAAAUCAGAGUUACAGAUGACCCCAAGCCUCCAGGUCCAGUGGAGCUGGAUCAGAACAUCCCUGGAACAGUGACUCUGUCCUGGACUUCCUCUCCAGAUGAGAAGAGGGACGAUAGACUACACUACAUGGUAUCCAAGCGGGACUCCUUCAAACGCACUUGGAGGACAGUGGCAGACAACCUCUUCAACAAUAAGUUCACAGUUGUCAAUAUUUUGCCUGGACGACAGUAUAACUUCAGAGUAUUUGCUAAAAAUGACAUGGGUCUUUCACCACCUUCAGAAUCCCCUGUGUUUGAAAUCAAAAAGGAAAAAGAAAAAUUCAAAGUAAACAUGGCAGAGACAAAAUCCUUGGACUUCGAAUCACCGCCAUCCUUUAUCGUUCCCCUGAAGAGGCGUACAGCUCCACAGGGUUAUGAGUGCUACAUGAGCUGUGCAGUUAAGGGUGAUCCAGCUCCACGUGUGACAUGGUACCGUAACAACAUCAGCCUGAACACAAACACCAACUACCACAUCACCAAUGUAUGUGGCGUCUGCUCCAUGCUCAUACUCAGGGUCGAACCCAAAGACUACGGAGAAUACAAAGUUGUCAUUGAGAACAAACUGGGGACGACUGAGUCCACAAUGACGCUGAACGUCAGAGCAGAAAAGCUCACCUUCACUGCAGCACAGACUGCCACUGAGUUGCAGGAGAAGCAACAAGAUAUUAAAGAAAAAGCUGAGCAGCAGGAUGCUGAAGAGGGUCAGGACAGGACAUGGUGGGGGAUGUUACAGAGAAGCAAGAGGAAGAGGAAAAUGCAGAAGAAGAAGAAGAAGAAAUUACACCAGAAGUGCAAGAAGACGAGGAAGCUCCAGGACAGAGUGAGCAGCAGGAGGAGACAGCAGAAGAGGAGGUCACAGAGGAGCGUGUAG